AUUAUAAUCUAUAUACUGAGGUGGAGUCUGGAGGAAGUAAACCAGUGAGCGCGUGCCGAGCACAGUGAGCGCGUGGAGGUGCAGGUGCAGGUGCAGGCGCGCGGAUUAACGCACGUGUUUUCGCGCUCAGUUUCACGGCGUGUCAGCGAGGCGGCGGCGGCGCAGCGCCAUUUGCUGCUUUUGUUCCUUAUCGGUGGCGACGCAUCCGCAUGUUCUGAGAGAAAUGAACGCUUUAAAACGUCAUUACGGUUAAACUCUAGGAGACACCUGCUGUCUUCCUGAAAUCAUGACCAUGAUCCCUUCCUGUUUCACUCUGUUUGCCUUCAUCCUCUUCAGCAGCAUCCUAGAGAAGCCACUACUGAGUGCUGAGGUGAAGGAGGGAGAGAUUCUGCCUCCCACCAUUCAGAAGCUGAUGAAAGGAUACAACAAGUACCUGAGGCCUUUCUUUGACAAUGGUCCUGUCACUGUGGGGAUGAGUUUGGACAUUGCCAGCAUUGACACAAUAUCAGAGAUCAACAUGGACUACACUGCUACCAUUUUCUUGCGGCAACGCUGGACAGACGAGAGGCUGGUGUUUGAAGGCAAUAAGAGCUUGAGUCUGGAUGGGCGUCUGGUGGAGCUGCUAUGGGUUCCUGAUACUUUUAUUGUGGAUUCCAAGAAAUCCUUCCUGCAUGAUAUCACAGUGGAGAACCGGCUGAUCCGAAUCUUUCCCAAUGGGACUGUGCUUUAUGCUCUUCGGAUCACUACUACUGUGGCCUGCAAUAUGGACCUCACUAAAUACCCCAUGGAUAAACAGACAUGCACCCUACAACUUGAAAGCUGGGGAUAUAACGUCAACGAUGUGAUGUUUUACUGGGCAAGAGGCAAUGAUUCGGUUAGUGGGUUGGACACUCUGCGUCUGGCCCAGUACACAGUAGAGGAUCAUUACACUUCUGCCUCAGAGGCUGUGUAUGAGACAGGUAAUUAUCCUAAACUUAUAUUCCACUUUGAGCUGAAGAGGAGCAUUCUGUACUUCAUCUUGGAAACCUACGUACCCUCCAGUCUGCUGGUUGUGCUCUCCUGGGUGUCCUUCUGGAUCAGUCAGUCAUCUGUGCCUGCUCGCAUAUGUAUAGGAGUUACAACAGUGUUAACGAUGACCACACUGAUGAUGGGUGCAAGGACGUCGCUACCCAACGCUAACUGCUUCAUCAAGGCAAUAGACGUGUAUUUGGGAAUUUGUUUCAGUUUUAUCUUUGGAGCAUUGAUAGAGUACGCUGUUGCUCACUUCUGCACACUCCAGCUCCCACACUGCAACAGUGCGUUUACGCACAUGCAGGACUGUGAAGAGGAGAUCAACGGCAUUGUCACCACCAUUGCUAGUGAUUCCAGCCGAGCAAAGCGCCGUAAAGACUCCCCAACCCCUGCUCCCACAUCAACCCCUAGCGGAGAGCCUGAUCUCAUGGCCCAAACCCCAUCUCAUUCAGGACCUAGAACCCCAGAGGCCCUGGAGGACCCUCUUAACCGCUGCAUCAGAAACCUCUCCCUCAUACGAAAAGUUCUCCGCUCUGUGAACUGCUGUCAUGUGGAGAAUCCACAUUACAUAGACAACUACUCCCGUGUAACGUUUCCCCUCUCCUUUGUUGUAGUCAACUUGCUCUACUGGACUUACUACCUGUACUUUUAAUAUCUCUCAGAGUGUGUUGGUUGGAGUGAAUACAGAAAAGAGUGCACCUCAUGUCUGACUGAGCAUGAUGCGGUCUUAGUUUAAAUCUGAGAGGAAGUAACAGUGUAUGCAUGACAGUCCGAAUCAGAGUCUGUUUUUUUAUUUUGCAUAUUAACCCUUUUGAGUAUCGGGUUCGGUAUUCUUUUACAGACAAUGCUAAAGGCAUAACAUGCUAAAAUGAUGCAAUAAUAUGUUAGAGAAGGCUGAUUAAAUAUGAGACAUUGAGGUGUCAUUUGACUUCAUCUGCAAUGCAAAAGUGCCAACACUGCUAAGAAAACUGAAUAUAAUAAUAUAAUAGAGAUAAUAAUUCAUACUAAUAAAAGACCACAAAACCCUAGCGUACGUCAGUGUAUGAUUCAUCUCAAUGGAUUAAUGGUAAAACAUGCACUGGCUGAACUGAUAUUUAACUUCAUCUGCAAAAAUGUUUGGAUCUAUAAGCAACCAGCUGAUCACAAUCGCUUACUGUCUAAAACUGUUCCAAAAUUAAAAUGCAUGACCGUCUUAAGUCAAAACAAUUGCCACAUGUUGCAAAUAAUAAUAAACCAUCAAAAACUGUA